UCCAGUGCACUCGCUUGUUCCUACAAUAUGAUAUUAACAUCUUGCUCCAACUUCACGUCAAACUGUAUAAAGUCCUUAUCAGAUACCAAAUGGUGGUGCAAGAGGCCCAGCUCCGAUAAUAAAAAGGAAUAUAUUGAUGAAAAUAGAUAAAAUAUCACUGUGAAAAAUGUGUCGACUCAUUGUGCUAAUAAGGUGACGCUGCUAUACUGUAAUCUUAUUUAAUACACAAUAUUGGUAUUGCGCGCUUUACGCUCGACCACGUAACAAUAGCCAUCGCUGAAAAUGUCGUUUUCUGGCAAAAGGUACAAACGGACGCGCUGUGAAAACGUAGAAGAACUAGUGAAGGAAUCUAGUACCAAAGAAAUCAUCAACACAUUCCACAGGCUGGCUCCCACAGUGUGCUUCACACGGCUGGACGAAUAUAACUUCCAGCUGGACCUGCGGAUAGAGACGCGCCACCUCGCGUAUAGCUUCAAACUGGAAGAGGAGCAAGAGGUUGAGAGAAAAGACGGCUCCAAGUUAAAAAUAAAGUAUCUAUUGGAAAACGACAACAUUCUGCAUCAGAUCGUGAAGCUGCCUGACGGAAAAACUGCAUACUUCAGACGACAUUUCACUGACAGGGACUGUAUUAUGACUGUAACCUUAGACGACACGCCUCACACUGUCACGAUAUACUACAAGAGAGUUCCGUGAUCGACCGUGAUACAAUCCAUCUAUAUUUAAGUAUAAACCCCGCUUUAAAUACAAACUAAUGUUUUACAAUGUGUAUGGAAAUAAAACGAAACUUUAGUUUGGUAAAUUUAUUAUUGUAAGACUAUGUUGUAAGAUUAUUUAACAAAAUGUAUUAACGUAAAUAUAAAAUAUAUUUUUUUAUGAA